GCGAGGGGUGACAGCUCAGCGUUUGCGUUUUAGUCAGGCAGUACGGUGGACGCCCGGCUGGCCAGGCUGCGGAAAGAAAAGUCCUCGGCCAGGCUGCCCACGCUUCAAGCGCUCUCUACUUUUCAUUCUCUUCUGCUCAAGAUGGUGGCCUCACGGGCAAUUGGCAGCCUCAGCCGCUUCUCUGCCUUCAGGAUCCUCCGCUCUAGAGGCUGUAUUUGCCGCAACUUUGCAGCAUCUUCUGCUUUGCUGACAAGAACUCAUAUUAACUAUGGAGUCAAAGGGGAUGUGGCAGUUAUUCGGAUUAAUUCUCCUGAUUCAAAGGUAAAUACAUUGACUAAAGAAGCACACACAGAGUUCGUAGAAGUAUUGAAUGAAGUCUGGGCUAGUGACCAAAUCAGAAGUGCUGUCCUCAUUUCGUCAAAACCUGGCUGCUUUAUUGCAGGUGCCGACAUCAACAUGCUAGCCUCUUGUACAACCCCCCAGGAAGCAACACGAAUAUCACAGGAAGCACAGAGAAUAUUUGAGAAACUUGAAAAGUCCCCAAAGCCUAUUGUGGCUGCCAUCAGUGGAUCCUGCCUGGGAGGAGGACUCGAGCUUGCUAUAGCAUGCCAAUACAGAAUAGCAACAAAAGAUAGAAAAACAGUAUUAGGUGUCCCUGAAGUAUUGCUUGGAAUCUUACCAGGAGCUGGAGGCACCCAAAGACUGCCCAAAAUGGUGGGCGUGCCUGCUGCUUUCGACAUGAUGCUCACUGGUAGAAACAUUCGUGCAGACAGAGCAAAGAAAAUGGGACUGGUUGACCAAUUGGUAGAACCCCUGGGACCAGGAAUAAAGUCUCCAGAAGAAAGGACAAUUGAAUACCUAGAAGAAAUUGCAGUUACUUUUGCCAAAGGACUAGCUGAUAAGAAGAUCUCUCCAAAGAGAAGCAAGGGCUUAAUGGAAAAACUGACAUCAUAUGCUAUGACUAUUCCAUUUGUCAGACAACAGAUUUACAAAACAGUGGAAGAAAAAGUGAGAACACAGACCAAAGGCCUUUAUCCUGCACCUCUGAAAAUAAUUGAUGUGGUGAAGACUGGACUUGAGCAAGGAAGUGAUGCUGGUUAUCUUGCGGAAUCACAGAAAUUUGGAGAACUUGCAGUGACUAGAGAAUCAAAGGCCCUGAUGGGACUAUACAGUGGCCAGGUCCUGUGCAAGAAAAAUAAAUUUGGAGUGCCACAGAAGAAUGUUCAGCAUCUAGCUGUCCUUGGUGCAGGGCUGAUGGGAGCUGGCAUCGCCCAGGUCUCUGUGGAUAAGGGGAUGAAGACUCUUCUUAAAGACACUACAGUAGCUGGACUGGGCCGGGGACAGCAACAGGUGUUCAAGGGAUUGAAUGACAAAGUGAAGAAGAAAGCUCUGACAUCGUUUGAAAGGGAUUCCAUCUUCAGCAACUUGAUUGGGCAGCUUGAUUACCAGGGCUUUGAAAAAGCCGACAUGGUGAUUGAAGCUGUGUUUGAGGACCUCAGUGUUAAGCACAAAGUACUCAAAGAAGUAGAAGCUGUGACUCCAGAACACUGUGUCUUUGCCAGCAACACAUCUGCUCUUCCAAUCAAUCAAAUUGCUGCUGUCAGCAAAAGACCCGAGAAGGUGAUUGGCAUGCACUACUUCUCUCCUGUGGACAAGAUGCAGCUGCUGGAAAUCAUCACGACUGACAAGACAUCCAAGGACACGACAGCUUCUGCUGUAGCAGUGGGUCUCAAGCAGGGCAAGGUCAUCAUUGUGGUUAAGGAUGGACCUGGCUUUUACACUACGAGGUGUCUUGCACCCAUGAUGUCUGAAGUCAUACGAAUUCUCCAGGAAGGAGUUGACCCUAAGAAGCUGGAUACCUUGACCACAGGCUUCGGCUUUCCUGUGGGUGCUGCCACCCUGGCAGAUGAAGUUGGCGUGGAUGUAGCACAGCAUGUGGCAGAAGAUCUAGGCAAAGCCUUUGGGGAGCGGUUUGGAGGUGGCAGCGUAGACCUGCUGAAACAGAUGGUAUCCAAGGGCUUCCUGGGUCGCAAGUCUGGGAAGGGCUUUUACGUCUAUCAGGAGGGGUCAAAGAAAAAGAGUUUGAAUUCUGACAUGGAUAGUAUUUUGGCAAGUCUGAAGCUACCUGCCAAGCCUGAGGUCUCCUCUGAGGAAGACAUCCAGUAUCGUGUGGUGACAAGGUUUGUGAAUGAGGCAGUCCUGUGCCUGCAGGAAGGGAUCUUGGCCACACCUGCAGAGGGAGACAUUGGAGCAGUCUUUGGUCUUGGCUUCCCCCCUUGUCUUGGAGGGCCCUUCCGCUUUGUGGAUCUGUAUGGUGCUCAGAAGGUAGUAGACCGGCUCCGGAAGUAUGAGGCUGUCUAUGGAAACCAGUUCACCCCAUGCCAGCUGCUCCUUGACCAUGCUAACAGCUCUAAUAAGAAGUUCUACCAAUGAGCAGGCCCUUGCACCCUGCUCCGUCCACUCACUAACCCAGCUGUUGGCAGUGCUGCUUCUCAUCGGUGCUGUCUAGAUGUAUCAGGAAGCAGGAGGAAGACCCAAGUCUGGCUUUGAGUUUACUCCUUGAUCAAAGUGCCUUCAGUUCUGACCAACUCUCCCUCCAGGUGACGUCUGACUCUGAAUUAGUUUUACUUUACAUUAGAAGGUGGAACCUGCCGUGUUCCUUUUGCAAGCCCUUGAGGCUCAAAGCAGCAGCUAAGAGCAACCCAGAACCAUCUUUGCUGCCUGUGCCUCCUGGAAGACCAGUGGGGACCAGUGGUGGUGAGGGCAUUUCUGCACCCAGCCAAACACAGGUUACCAAUAAAAUCCAAAUUAUCAGCCUCU